CUGGAAAGAGGAGCUGGGAGGAUGAGCGCUCUGUUACCGCGGCUCCCCACGGCACGCUGAGAAGACCGAGAGAAAGGAAGAAAAGAAAACCGAGAGACGAAGAGCCCUCCCAGACCGAGCUAAGGGACCACGAGAGAGAAGGGAGCCUGCUUAUCUGUCCGUCUGUAGUCCCCUCGCCGUUUUGGAAGUGCCAGGGAUUUGGGCCUUUUAAUUUUAUUCUGCGUUGUUCUCCUUCACAGACGAAGCUUUCUUCCUCCUUCUGGUUUUUACUUUCCUCCCCCGCUCCUUCCUUUUGGUGGAUAUGGACAGAAGGGAGUUUACUGCAGAGAAGCAGCAGCCACCAGAGCAUAUUUGAGCCCCCAGUGCUCGGGGCAUAGACUUUUUGUAUUUUUGUGGAAACUAAAAAUGGAGACUGUAAGUAGAAGCAGCUUUCAGCCUCAUCCAGGACUGCAGAAGACCUUGGAACAGUUUCAUCUGAGCUCUAUGAGCUCCCUGGGUGGCCCUGCUGCUUUCUCAGCACGAUGGGCACAGGAGAUGUACAAGAAGGACAACGGCAAAGACCCAGCAGAACCUGUAUUGCAUCUGCCUCCUAUCCAGCCUCCUCCAGUAAUGCCUGGUCCCUUCUUCAUGCCCUCGGACAGAUCCACAGAGAGGUGCGAGACCAUCCUGGAAGGGGAAACCAUCUCUUGCUUCGUGGUGGGCGGAGAAAAGCGGCUUUGCUUGCCCCAGAUCCUGAACUCGGUGCUCAGGGACUUCUCCCUGCAGCAGAUCAAUUCGGUGUGUGAUGAGCUACAUAUUUACUGCUCCAGAUGCACCGCUGACCAGCUGGAGAUCCUCAAAGUCAUGGGCAUCCUGCCCUUCUCCGCUCCCUCCUGCGGGCUCAUUACCAAAACUGAUGCUGAGAGGCUUUGCAAUGCCCUGCUUUAUGGGGGCACCUAUCCUCCUCACUGCAAGAAGGAGUUUUCCAGCACGAUUGAGCUGGAGCUCACAGAGAAGAGCUUCAAGGUGUACCAUGAGUGCUUUGGGAAGUGCAAGGGCCUCUUGGUGCCAGAGCUUUACAGUAACCCUAGUGCAGCCUGCAUUCAGUGCUUGGACUGCAGGCUUAUGUACCCUCCUCACAAAUUUGUGGUCCACUCUCACAAAUCCCUGGAAAACAGGACUUGCCACUGGGGCUUUGACUCAGCAAACUGGAGAUCCUAUAUCCUCCUCAGCCAGGAUUACACUGGGAAAGAGGAGAAAACUAGGCUGGGUCAGCUCUUAGAUGAAAUGAAAGAAAAAUUUGAUUAUAACAACAAAUACAAGAGAAAAGCCCCCAGGAUCCCUUCAGAUCCUCCUGCUUCCAAAAAGCCCAAAAUAGAUGACUCUGCUUCCCAAUCUCCAGCAUCUACUGAGAAGGAAAAACAAUCCAGCUGGUUACGGUCUUUAUCCAGUUCAUCUAAUAAGAGUAUUGGCUGCGUCCAUCCCCGUCAGCGUCUCUCAGCUUUCCGGCCCUGGUCUCCUGCUGUAUCAGCAAACGAGAAGGAGCUCUCCACACAUCUUCCUGCACUGAUCCGAGACAGUUUUUAUUCCUACAAAAGCUUUGAGAGUGCCGUGGCCCCCAAUGUGGCUCUUGCACCUCCUGCCCAACAGAAGAUGGUGAGCAGCUCCCCGUGUGCCACGGUGGUGUCCCGGAGCAGCGAGCCCGUGGGCAGCGCUGCCCAGCCGCGGAAGAGGAAACUGGCAGCAGAGAACCCGGCCGUCCCCGAGGCAGUGGCCACUGCUGCUGCCGCCGAGGAGGAGAAGGAAUCUGAAGCGGAAAUUGAAGUAGAAACAAGGGAGGAAUUCACCUCCUCCUUGUCCUCGCUCUCCUCACCAUCCUUUACUUCAUCCAGCUCUGCCAAGGACAUGAGCUCCCCGGGGAUGCAGGCGCCCGCUGCAGCCAGCGCUCCGUACGAGGUAGCAGCGCAUCCUGACGCGCACAGCAGCGGCCUGGAAGCUGAGCUGGAGCACCUAAGGCAGGCCCUGGACAGCGGCCUAGAUACAAAAGAAGCCAAAGAAAAAUUCCUGCAUGAAGUUGUGAAAAUGAGAGUGAAACAGGAAGAGAAGCUAAAUGCUGCUUUGCAAGCCAAGCGCAGUCUACACCAGGAGCUAGAAUUCCUAAGAGUGGCUAAGAAGGAGAAACUGAGAGAAGCAACAGAGGCAAAGCGCAACUUGAGGAAAGAGAUUGAACGUCUGCGAGCUGAAAACGAGAAGAAAAUGAAGGAAGCCAACGAGUCUCGGAUACGACUAAAGAGGGAGCUGGAGCAAGCCAGGCAGAUUCGGGUUUGUGACAAGGGCUGCGAAGCAGGGAGGCUUCGGGCCAAAUACUCAGCCCAGAUUGAGGACCUACAGGUUAAGCUUCAGCAUGCAGAGGCUGACAGGGAGCAGCUCCGAGCUGACCUGAUGCAUGAGAGGGAGGCUCGAGAACACUUGGAAAAAGUAGUCAAGGAACUUCAGGAACAACUGUGGCCUAAAUCAAGCAAUCAACCCAGCAGUGAAAACACACUGAGCAACCUGGAGAACUAAACCACCACCGCAGCACCGACACCACAUGCGGAACGCUGUGUAUGCACAGUAAGGGAGGAUGUGUGGGGGUACGUGUGUAAGUGCAUGUGUGAGUAGUUGUGUCUUAGCACACAUCCAUGGAUAUGGACUCUGACAUAGUUGGAAGGCAGAUGUUACUCUUCAUAACAGAAGCACUGAAUUACAUCUUUUUUUUCCCUUUUUUUUUUUUUAAUCCAUACAGCACAACAUCUUACUGUGCCUAUAAAACACAAAGUGUUUAUAAACAAAAUACUUAUAUCCACAGCAAAUUUUUUACUGGCAGACUCCAAGCAAGCAGCACCGUCCAGCUAAAACCAGAAUAAAAGGCAAGCAUGGCAAUGUUUUUAUGUUGCCCUUCUGCCUGUUGGAACAUUUUUUGGAAUUUAAAAACAAAC